CACCACGUGUUGGUUUGAUUGUUUUCUCGCGCGUCUGUGCCUGGCCGGUGGUAAACAAAUUUUUUAUGCCACUGCAAUACUAUUCCGUAACUUAAAAAGAUGUCCGUGCCUGAGAAAGUGCUGAUGCGAAAAAUUAAGAAACGAGAUCGAGAAGACACAAUUAAUAAUGCUAAAGCGGCGAGAGGAGCAGAAAGAUGCAAUCAAGCCAGAAAGAAUACCCGAGACGAUACCUCAGCAAAACACAGAGGAUAUGAGUUUUGCUUGGGUAAAAUCCUUGUACUGGGUACUGGGUUUUCCCACCUCGCCGAGCUCGUACCCAUGGAAAGGAAGUACUUUCAGAUAUAAUAUAAAAUUAAAUUAUAUAAAUAUGAGAUAUUUCUCAAAAUAUUUUCACAUUUUCUAACACUGAUUUUUCGUGAAAAUUUGAAAGAAUUGCGACGCCGAUCGCCCCGAUUCGUUUCGCGUUCAUCACCGCGUUACAUUACGGAAGAUACAUGGAUAAAGUCCCUAAGUGGUAGCGAAUCCUUACUGCUUAAGUUUUUCUAUGUGCCAUGGGUGUACGAGGUACCACGAGAAUUUCGAGGUCAUUCGAGGAUUUAUUUUCGUUUGAGGUGGUAUUGCCCAAUUGCCAGUAAUUUGCCACUGAAGAGAGACAGGUGCCAUUAAACUGAAGAAGUCCACAGCAGUACGAGGCACGAGACGUCGGGUUUAGGCAACGGCGCAGUAGGUAUCACCAUCGUUGACUAUUCGGUGCAUAUUCUUCGGUCCAGCAGCAUCAGCAAGUGAAUUUACGCACAAUACGUUUUGGGAGCUUCUGAUACCGCAUUAAGACAGGAUGACGAAGAAAGGAAAGAAGAAGAAGCAGGCAGCAGCAGCAGCAGAUGUUGCUGCUGCAUCAACCUCACAAGAUGAGAAGAAAGAAACUUCAGGGCAAGCACUUUCUGGUUCAUCACAGCAGAAGUCUAAAGGUCCACAACAGCAACAGAAAGUAACUAAAUGUCCACAACCACUAAUAUUACGGAGUAAACAGGAAGUUGCACGGGGUCUACAAAAGCAGCAAAGCCUACCACAACAACAGCAGCAGCUACAACUACAAGGAGUAUGGGCUUCACGCCAGCAAGCACUUCAAACGUCACAUCAAGUACCUCAAGUGCAGCAACAAACAGCACAGGUUCCAUGGCAUCAGCCACAGCAAGCACAAGUACUGCAAACAGCAUGGGUUUCGCGACAACAAGUACCCCAAAGCCAACUACCGCAACAGCAGCAGCAAGGAGCACAGGGUUUUCAACAGCCACAGCAAGUACCGCAAACAGCAUGGGGUCCACGACAACAAGUAUCUCAAACCCAACUGUCACAGCAGCAACAAGGAGCACAACGUCAGCAAAAAGCUUCAAUUGAUAUUAGUGGUGCCGGUGAUCAUCGACAAGUACUGACUGGUGGUAGUGGUAUACACCAACAGCAACCAUCAACAAGUAGAUCUCUUGAUGUAUCUGAGCUUGGUAUGACAGAUCCAUUCCGCUCACAAAUAACUGAAAAGUCAAAAAUGACAUCUGCUCAAUUGACGUCAUAUUAUAACAUGAUACCAAAGAGAACAAAUCCUGCGAAAGGUGGAUCAGUAGGGGUGCCAGUUAGAGUAUGGACAAAUAUGUUCAAGAUUAUAUUUGACGAUAAGUUUGUAACCAACGCAGUCCAUUAUGAUAUUGAUAUUAAGGCUUACAAAGAGAAAGAGGACAAAAAGAAAGCUAAUGAAAAGGAACUUGAUCUUCCCAAAUCUUUAUGUAGAAGUAUUUUUGAAAAAUGUAGAAAUAAACAUUUUAAGACCAGAUAUCCGGCAUAUGAUGGGAAGAAAAAUGCGUAUAGCGCGAAUGAUCUUCCUAUCGAUGAUAUGGCUGAUGUUUUCGAGCACGAAAAUCAAGAGGGACGCAAGAAUAAAUAUCAAAUUGUUAUAAGGAAAGUAGCUACUGUUGACCUUAGCUGGAUAAAAAAUUUGAAACCUGGUCGUCUGGAAGAGAGAGAUCAAACUUCCGUACAAGUUUUAGAUAUAAUUAUGCGUCAUGCAUCGGAAUCCCAGUUUAUGACCAUCGGAAAGUCACUCUACUGGGAUAUAAAUGAGGAAGAACCAUUAGGUGGUGGCUUAGCUCUAGCGCGCGGUGGAUUUAUGUCUGGGGUACUUGGCUGGAGUCUGUAUCUAAAUGUAGAUGUUUCUCAUAAAGGAUUUACCACGAAGCAGAGAGUACUUGAAUAUAUAGCUGAAGUUUUAAGGGUCAGAGAAGACAACAUUACUUACGAUGAUGUCAUGCGUGAAUCUAAGAUACAAAGUUUUUUGAGAGGCUUAAAAGUGACUUAUGAAAUACCCAACGUAUCGAGGCGGACGCAUCGCAUAAUUAAAUUGAGCCGUUACGAUUGUAAUACAGAAUUCAAACAGGAGUCAUCAGAUGGGACGAGAACAAUAUCAAAAACAACAACAAUAAAAAAAUACUUUUGGGAGUCCAAGAGAUAUAAUAUACGAAGACCUGAUUUGCCUACUCUUCAUGUGAGCACGAAGUCUGACGGAAGUGAAAUUUUGCUGCCUAUCGAAUUAUGCACUAUUAUGCCGAAUCAGCCUAUUAGAAAGCAGGACGAAGAGCAAACUACAAACGUGAUCAGAAAAGCAGCAACUGAUGCGUUUACUCGUAAAAAAAGAAUAGAGGAAGCGUUCAGCAAAAUCCAAGUUAACGAAAGUCCCGUCAUGUCAAGAGAGUUUCAUCUAUCUGUCCGCCCAGAAAUGGAAGACGUACAGGCCAGAGUUUUACCUUCUCCAGAAUUGAGAUAUGGCAGAGGAAAGGCACAAGUAAAACGAGGCACAUGGAAUAUUCAACCGUUUAACGAAGCCAAACAUUUGAAGAAGUCAACGUGGACUAUUGUCAAUUUGUCUGAAAUGCCGAACCUGGAGCCUACUAUGCAAGAAUUCGCGAAAAUGUUGCAAACUACUGCAAAGGAAGUUGGUAUGAUAAUUGAGCAGCCUCGUCCAUUUGAUCAUUUUAGAUUAAACGAAUUAGAUAAAAUUACAAAAUUCUUCAUUGACAAUAAGAAGUUAAAAUUAAUAAUAGUUAUCAUACCUAAUCGUACAGAUGUAAUGUAUGGUAAAGUAAAAAAAAUUACCGAGAUGGACGUCGGUGUUUUAACACAAUGUAUAAAACUUCAAACUUUAAAGAGAGUUCAAGUAUCGAUAGUAAGGAACAUUCUGCAAAAAAUAAACUCGAAAUUAAAUGGCGUUAAUCACAUAUUUGAUAGAAUGCCAGCAUGUCUGAACGAAAAAUAUCCUUGUAUGCUUGUUGGCGCCGACGUGACUCAUCCGUCUCCCGAUUCUAAAGAUUCACCAUCUAUAGCAGCGGUUGCUGCAAGUAGGGAUAAAUCAGCUUUCCGAUAUAAUGUUGCACUUAGACUUCAACAACCCAAAGAAGAAAUGAUUUUAGAUCUUGAAGAAAUAAUACUAACGCAACUUAGAGUCUAUAUGCAAGAAACAAAAUGUUGUCCAAAGAGAAUCGUCUAUUAUCGAGACGGAGUGAGCGAGGGACAACUUCCACAAGUUAUGUAUUAUGAAAUACGAGCUAUUAAAAAAGCGGUUACUAGAUUCACUCGCAGCGGUAUUGAAAUUAAUUGCUUGGUCGUUCAGAAGAGACACCAUGUGCGUCUCUUCCCUAAGUCCAAAGAUAUACGUGACACCGAGGACACAAGAAAUUAUAACGUGAAAGUGGGUACAAUUGUCGACACGACUAUUACCCAUCCAGAGCACAUUGAUUUUUAUCUCGUAUCACAUGCGAGUAUUCAGGGUACAGCGAGGCCUACAAAAUACAGAUGCAUCUUCAACGAAUCCAACUUUACCGAAGAUCAGAUUGAAGAGUUGACAUAUUAUCUUUGUCAUAUAUAUGGCCGCUGUGCAAGAGCUGUAAGCUAUCCGGCUCCUACCUAUUAUGCUCAUUUAGCAGCUUAUCGUGGUAGAGCUUUGAUACAAGGGAACGGAGACUUUAGGUUGAGUGACUUGGAAAGAGAACAGAGAAAUUUUAUAAUAAGAAUGGGAGAAUCACCAAUGUUUUUUGUUUAAGGAUAGAUAUUCAUGAUUUUAAGGAUUUCCGAGGAUCGCUUUGUAGUUGAGACAUAUAAUGUCCAAUCGAUACAUAUUAUAGUUAUAACAAAUUACAAAUAUUUUACUUUUAUAAUUAAAUAAAUUGUUCUAUUAUUAACUUUAACUUUAACUAUAUAGCAUCUCACAAAUAAAAGACUAGCGAUAAAAAACAGUUCAGAAUAUGGGCCUAUGACUAUAUGAUGAAAUGUAUAGUCAUAUGUGCGCUUCGUGUCUUUACAUCCACAUAUGAACUAAAUAGCCUUGUGAACAACGUUUACUAAUUGUAAUUUUUAAUAGGAAGUUAUUAAAAUGUCUAGUACUAUAUCCAACUUUUAUGAUUUGUAUUUUCAUGUGUAAGGAUAUACAAUUUAUAUACGUAUAAGGAAUUACAUUUAAGAUUAUGUUACUCGUUAAAAAAGGAACAAAUA